AUGAGUCGGGCAGAUAAGCAGCAGCACCAGGAGCACGUGGUCGGCACAUCCCGUGACGCGAGCGUCCGUCUGUUCGCCUUCGCCAACACCCGGCCCGGUUACCAGGUUGUGUUUGCCCCCGAGGAGCCGCUCAUUAUCCUCAAGUCGAAGAAUUCAGCGACUCCGCAACACCCAUGCCUUCAGUGGGAGCCACUGAGCACGGUGGUGUUCCAGGCUCGCCCCAACACCACGCACGCCGUCUACGUCGCCGACACCACCCAUCUUAGCAGUAUCGCCACGUAUGAUCAAGAGGAACACGUCAACGGCGCCGCUGUUGGGCCGCUGCUGAAGCGGCUCAGCAACGUCAUUACGCGGCUGAACCCACACAACGCCACCAUGGUGGCGGCCGGGGUGUCGGGACACCUUGCGAUGAAGUACGUGCUUGUGGGCGAGAAGACGCUGGGCCACCGUGAUCGACUCGUGCAGCGACUCGUGCUCUUGUGCCCCACCUCACUGAGCGCCCUCACCGCCAUGACGAACGCCGUGAUCAAACGCCCCGCCGUAGGCGGUUAUCAGCUUCCAGAGGUUAUCGUGCUGCUCAAGGAGCAGGCAGAGGUUCCUGGGUGGUCUGCAUGGCUGACGGCGCUGCAGGACGUGCAUCACCGCAUCUCAUCCUUUCGCGUCACCACAGAUUUGGGGCCGUCCCUUUUCGCGGCCGUCGCGCGCGAGGCGGGGCUUGCGGCGGCGGACGGCACGGUGGUCGACGUGCAGCAGCGCUAUGCGGCACCGCGGGUGUAUCGACUCGACUUCGUACUGAGCAAGCAGACAAAGAGCGUGGAGCAGCUGCCACGGCUGAGCCCGCUCGACACGCUCGGCUACGACGACGCCGCGAAUGAGGAUGACUACGAAGAUGCCGACAGCAGCGACAAGGAAAGUGACUUCAAGGAGAGCGCGGAUGACGCUGCUGCUGGUGAUUCCGCAGGUGACGUGGAGUCGUGCUACCGAUGUGGCAGCGAAGGCUGCGGCGGUAGCCACGAGCACGGCGCAGAUGCGGCAGUGAGCGACAGCGCGGUCAGUAUGCUGGUGAGUGGUCUCCACGGCCUCGCCAACUGGUGUGAUCCGGUGCGCGUCAUCGUGGAGGGGCGUGUGCUAGACCUAGGGGCCGGGUUGGUCGGGACGACGGACGGUUGCGUGGAGGUGACGAACUUGCCGGAGGUAGUCGCAGCGGACUCAACACUCGCCGCGUGGCACGCGCGAGCCGCAUCCACUGACCAGAAAGCGAAGCAGCGGAGGCCACCUGCGGUGGCGGUCGCCGGUAUGCUGAGCCGUGACAAUGAGGGCCGCACAACGCUGCGCGCCGAGGAGGCGCGGCCGCUCACCAAGGCGGAGGUGCUGCACUCCAUGACGGCCGGCAGCUCCAUCGAGGAGAUUCCGGUGCACUAUAACACCUCUCGCAUUGCACACGACUACGGUGCGCUGCUGAUUCGCGGCCGAAAAUGUGCGCUGGUGCGCAACGUGGGAGACGCGAUGGACGCACACAUGCGUAUUCCUUUUGCGCCUCACAGCCGCACCGAGGAGUCGUGCAUGGACUGCGCCGUGCGUGCCCUCUGCGACGCCUGUGAGGUGAGCAGCGAUAACUUUUUCCUACCCAGUUAUCUGCCGCCUGUCGUCUACUACCCCACGUCAGCCACGGCCGACGCGGAUCACGUCGGACCACGGUGUGUGACCAUCUACACUGCCUUGGCGAUCAGCCCCCCUCCACGCGGCGCCGCCAGCGAUGUCGUCGAGGACGCGCCAGAGCCCGAGGAGCCGUACGACUGGGUGAGCUUUAGCCGCGCACUGGCGCUGGUGGAGACGGAGGCAGAGCGUGAGGCGCUGCAGGAGGCACAGCGCCACCUGGAGCGGGCGCACAAGGCUGGGCUGUACACUCCCGUCAAGGGGUGCGGCCUCUUCGGCGAGGAUGUGAAACCACAUAGUGGCGCCGCUGUUGGUGCUGCUCUGCCCAAGGCGACUGUGACUGGUAUUCCAUCCCGGGCCGGGCAGCGUCCCAAGACGCUGGCUGGUAUCGAGUUUUACGUGAUUGUAUGCCCCGGUGGUGCGGCGGCUGAGUUGACACCGCUGCUUACUCAGGCGCUGCCCACGAGCUGCUCACUCGCGUGCGGCGAAGAUACGGCCACCUCAUAUAUCGAGGAUAUCGCCGCAGAAGCUCAGUGGCGCGGCGAGCGGCACGUCUUGCUGUUGCUUGGCGGGCACGAUGACGCGGAGACUUUCUGCGAGGCACACCUGGUGCAUCUGACAGAGAAGCGGCAUGCGACGGCGCAGGUGUUCACAGUGCUGCUGCCGCACGUGGCGACGUCGAUCACCGAGCUCGGCGGCGGGGCGCUCGCCUCCGAGGUGGAGGCGCGACUGGACUCUCUUCUCUCCGCAGUGCGCGUCUCGGAUGCUCUCAUCACGAUGGUACCGCCGAAGGAGCUUUCCCGCGGCGAGCACGGUGUCCUGCAGGUCUGCUGCAGAGCAAACCCUGAUCUCAUGCUCUUCUACAGCUGGGAGGCGCGCCAUCCCUUCACCGUGUGCGACCGAACGCCGUCGGAGAGCGGCAGCGCCAGCGACGCCGACGCCACGCCGGUCCUGAAGGAGAUGAAGGUUCGCACACCCGCCGGCGUGCCUGUUGCCCCUGCCGCCCUUGCCUUUCUCACCCACGCAGGAGCGCUGGACUGCUUCUAUGCGGCGGGGGAGUGUCGCCUGCUGUUUGCGCAAGGCGACGUGUGGGUACCCACCCGGGGCUCAACGCAGGGCUUUGUGUACCUGGACGUUGUGUCGCACUGCCUGACCGUGGAGCCGGGCAAGGAGUGGGCGAGUGAGAGCGACGCAGACCGAACGAGUGAGCUGACGCUGCUUGUGUGGUGCGCCAAUGACGCUGCAGCGGGCACGGUUGCCACGCAUGCGGCAGCGCUCGAGACGCAGUUGCAAUGGAGUGAGGCGAGGGACGGCUCUGACUGGCUGCUAGCGUACGAUCCCCUGCCUCAGUGGGACUAG